AUGGUGCUCAUGACACCAACGGCAGCACAGUUCAAUCACUGGAUACAGUCUACUGCUUCGACCAGCUCAUCGAUCACAAUGACCCUGACAAGGGCACUUUUCAGCAGCGAUACUGGAUGGCGUGGCACUUCUAUGAAGAUGUGGUCCUAUCAUACUCUUUACGUCCGGAAAGGAGAUUACUCGGCAGUAUACCCGCUACCUCGCAUACGCUACUAUCAUGGGACGGAUUCAAUAACAACAUGGCGGAGCGAAUAUCUUUCCGAACAUCGCCUUCUCGGAGAGUCGGAUCCAUAUUACGACCCACCGUCCACUGUCCAGAGCUUGCAGAUUCUUACACCCGCGCAGAGCUUCGAGGAUCUGGAGUACUUCGUGAGGGACGUCAAGUUUCCCCCGCCCAUCGAUGAUCCCAACAGUGCGCCGUAUGUAUUAGUUGGCAGCAGUUACUCCGGGGGCUUGACAGCUUGGAUUAUGGCUGCGGAGCCAGAUCUCUUCGCUGCCGGACGAGCCUCCUCCGCGGUUGGCGAGGUCAUCGUGUAA